AUGACAGGUGCAAAGGAAGUUUUGAAGUUGUUUUUCCUAGUAAUAUCCCACAGCCAGAUACCCGUUCUUGAAUGCAAAAAGAGCAAAGAAAGAAUUGCUGAGAACGCAUAUGAUGGUGAUGAGAAAGUUGUGGCAGCAUUAGCAGCAGAACAACCAGCCUUUCAUCAGAUCGAUCUGAAGGAAGCGAUUGUGAAGGGAUUACGAUUGCAAACAAAUGAUUUUAAGAUAUCAGGCUUCGAUUUGAGAGAUGCUCAGGUGGGGAAAUCAGCAGCAUAUGAAUUUGAUGUUGAGAUUGAUAACAAAGUCAUGCCAUUCAAGCUCCGGGAAGAUAUAAAGCGUUGGGAGUAUGUCGAUUUGCCUAUUUUCCUGUCUGUUCUUGCACCUUUUCAAUUGGCAGGUCCUAUGGAGCUUUGGAUUCAAGAUGCCAAGGACAUGAGAAUCUCCUUACCUAAUGAUGUCGACGCUGGUGUGAUGAAGAAAGUGAUAUUAGCCGACGGUGUUGUCGUCACCGUCAAGGGUGCAAGAUCAGUCAGCGUGUUAAUAGGUGAAAUCUGUUUGCUUCACAGGGGGCUUGUUAUUAUAUCUCAGGUUGAAAAUAAAUUCGGGGCACCGAGGAUAGGUUCUCGGGCAAGCGGCGAUUCUUACAUGAAUUGGGUGGCAAAGAUGGAUUCGGAUUAG